AUGCAAUUAAAACAAAUUAUUAAGAGCCUCGGGCAAAAAGUAUGGAACUGGAUAGACUUGAAGUUCGUGAGCUUGUUAAUCGCUUACUUCUUAAUGUUCAGUCAAUUUUUAGGACUGUUGAUGAUACUCUUUCUUUUCGCCGUCGAUGAGAAGGCCGUAAGAAUGUUGGAUCACAACGACAGAAACUUCUCGGCUAACUUGGUGAUCCUCGUCGUAGCUGCCUCCUUUAUUCUCAUCGUUGCGUUCUUGAUGGUAACGUGCUCGGUGGUGCUGAUCAUCGGCUUGCAUAAGAAGAAUCGCCAGUACAUCAAGGCCUACUUAUUGUGUUCUACUUUUACGUUGGUGAUGUCCAUCUUCUUUAACAUCCUGUAUGAAUUCACGUUCGUUAAGGACCCAACUGCUACUCUCCCACGGGCGCUAAGUGUUUUGAUGAACGCCCUCUACAUAUUCGUCAUAAAGACCUACUGGGAGAGAAUCAAUCCAAACAAUGCGACUGCUCAAGUAGAGACCGCG